CGUUCACUCCAAAGAGCAUCUUAUUAAGUUGCUAAAGAGAACGACGCCAAUGGCUGAAAAGCAAAAGGUCUGUGUUACUGGUGCUGGAGGGUUUAUCGCUUCAUGGCUCGUCAAGUUUCUUCUCUCUCGUGGCUACACUGUCCAUGGAACCGUUCGAGAUCCUUGUGAUGAAAAGAAUGACCAUUUGAGGAAACUGGAUAAUGCUGCAAAGAAUCUGAAACUUUUCAAGGCAGAUUUGUUUGAUUAUGAAGGUCUUUUCUCAGCCAUUGAUGGUUGCUCUGGCGUUUUCCAUAUCGCUUCUCCUGUGCCUUUUGAAGGAGAAGAACUGAUUAAACCAGCUCUCACUGGCACCAAGAAUGUUCUUGAAGCAUGCACAGAAACUAAAGUGCAGAAAGUUGUGGUUGUAUCAUCAAUUGCUGCAGUUGUCUACAAUCCAAAAUGGCCUCAAGAUGUUGCUAAGGACGAGGAUUGUUGGUCAGACACUCAAUACCUUCACUCACUUGAGGGUUAUUGGCCUUAUUACUAUCUUGCCAAAACACUAACGGAACGUGAAGCUUUAGAGUGGAGGAAGAGAAACUUUGCUGAGGUUGUUACGCUCUGUCCGUCUGUCACGAUAGGCCCUAGGCUUCAAUCCAGGCUUAACUCUAGUAGUUUGGGACUUCUCAAAUUCAUAAAAGGCGGUAUAAAGUCCUUGUUGAGCGAUCAACUGUAUCUUGUGGAUGUGCGUGAUGUUGCGGAUGCACUUUUGUUGGUGUAUGAAAAUCGAGAAGCAAAAGGAAGAUACAUAUGCAAUUCUCAUUCACUUCACAUCGAUUCUCUUAUGGAGAAGCUCAAGAAUAUGUAUCCUAAACGCAACUUCCCUGAAAGUUUCACUGAGGUAAAAGAGAAGGAAGUGAGGCCUCUAAGUGCAGAGAAGUUGAAGAAUUUAGGGUGGAAGUUUAGGCCAUUAGAAGAAACCAUUGAUGAUUCUGUUGUCAGCUUUGAAGUAGCUGGUGAUCUUCCAAAGGCAUAGCUUACUCACAGUGACUGUCUCUUCACAUUAAAUAAAGUGGCAUAUCUAUC